UCCUCCUCUUCCUCUUCCUCUUCCUCUUCCUCUUCCUCUUCACCUUUGUCUUCUUCCCCUUCCUCCCCAGCGACAAGAAGAGCAAGGACAACGUCAAUCUCUGCUACUGCCGCUAUCAUCCAUCACCCCAUCGAAACCCACUUAGAGAGCACCUCUCCCUUCCACAUGCAUCCCUGGUCCACUGAGCGGGCCAAGAUCGCACACGAGUCCGAAAUAUCACCUCCAAUCUCACCCAGGCAGCGGGCUGUCCUGGGUGCCGGAGCCCCCCACGGCGACUUUGUCGAGCCUCUCCAAGAAUCCAAUCUCUCGACCACCACCAGCAAUAGCAAUCUCAGGCGUCAGUCCAUUAUCUGGAAUGAUAGCAACACCAACAACAACAGUACUAAUAGCGACAACAGCAGCAUGGACGAUGACAACACCCACAAGGGUACCGGAACCAGCUGCUGUAGCAGUUUCCAUGCACACUCACAUCCAAACUCGCCCUAUGUCCAUCAGCAUCAUUCACGGCAACUCUCCUCAGCACUGGAGCCCAUGUCUACGGGUUUGCUCCUGCCCCGCCCAGAGCUGGAUGCUCUCUCGUCAUCCUCCUCCAGCUCCGCUUCCCUUAUCUCCUCUGCCUCGUCCUCAUCCACCUCACUGUCCUCCGUAUCGUCGAAAUCAUCCCUAUCACAUACCCCGUCACCCGCUCAUGAUCAUCACCGCUAUCACCACCUCACAAAGCUCGAAACUUCUAAACAGCCAGAGUUCUUCUCCAUCGAUACCCCUCCUACCAGCCACGUCCCCUCGCCAUCCUCCCCCUCCUAUCCAACCCUGAAGGGACCCUCCCUCGCCGAUCUCAAACCUGGAUCCAGAACAUCCUCUCGCGCCCCUUACCAUUGCACUCAGAAACCGGUCUCUCAAAUCAUUCGCGAGAUCUCCGACCUCGUGGACGGACGCGAUAAGACCAUCAAGGUCAUCCAAUACUUUGCCAAGGUCUUCUUAUGGCUCUUCCUCUCCAACCCAGUCCAGUACAAGGUCCUUGCUGCGCGUCUCAAGGCUCUGGCGAAGCAGUUCUCGACCACGCGCAAGAUCUUGCGGUUAGGUCAUUUCGUCGAUCCCAUGGUCUCGGUCCUGACCUUGGCCGUGACCCUCCGGGUAAAUAUCCGUCAACACGGUCUGCGGAGGACACUUGACAAGACACCGUCCCAGACCUGGCGAAACACGGUCCGGGACCGCUUGGGUAGUCUGAGCAGCGUGCUAGGACUCUGUCAGGAUAUCUCGGACGACAUCUACUGCCUUGGAACGAUUGGGGUUCUGGACCGGUCGUUUGCGGACAAGGCUGAGCCUUGGUCGAACCGACUGUGGAUGGCGGGUGUGUCAAUUGAUCUCCACGAGAACCUGCAGUCGAUCUGGGAUGUCAAGAAGCAGAUCAAGGCACUGGAGUCCGAUGCACCGGCCGAGACUGAAGAGGAGGCCGAGGCGAGGAUUGCACAGUACACCAAGUUGAGGACGAAGCUGCACUGGCUGCAGGUCACGACUGUCAAGCUCGGAGGCGACUUUUUGUUUUGUGCAUACGACAACCUGCAUUGCUCCUUCUCGGAUGGCUUCCAGGCCGUAACAGGGUUCAUUUCCGGUCUGGCAGGCGCCUACAAGUUUGUCGGCAAGGUCAUGGAAUCCUAGAAAACCUCCCCCCCUGGAUCCUUUCCUUCUUCUUCUCCUGUCCCUUACCUUUCUCCUUCCUUAUCAAGCCGUCCUUGGCCAAACCUCCGACCUGCAUUUUCCACCAUACCUUCCAUCUAUAUAUACCUUCCUGUCGAGCGCUUAUCGCUUCAUUCAUUCACUCUCACCCGGUGAAAUGUACCUUACAUCCAUACAGCCCAUACACUCAUACAUCUCAGCAAAUAAACCUAAUGAUGACU